GAUAUGUGAAUGCACGACUGGAGAAGGAAACACCAAUAUUUAACAAGCAAAGGAUUGAUUUUGCUCCGCCAGAGAAAAUUAACAGCUUAGUAGUCUCCUCUAACCAGCUCUGUAUGAGCCUUGGCAAAGACACCCUGCUCAGGAUUGAUCUUGGGAAGCCAGAUGAACCUAAUCAAGUAGAACUGGGACGCAAAGAUGAAACCAAAGUCUACAAGAUGUUUUUGGACCACACAGGCUCUCAUCUCCUGAUUGCUCUGAACACAAGCGAAUGCCUUUACUUGAACAGAAGUGUUCAGAAAGUGCGAGCACUCUCCCGCUGGAAAGGCCACCUGAUUGAAAGCGUGGGCUGGAACAAAUUUCUCGGUUCAGAGACCAACACUGGGCCGAUCCUGGUGGGAACGGCCCAGGGGCACAUUUAUGAGGCUGAAAUUUCCAUCAGCGAGGGAAGCCUCUUCAGCACUAAUCCCGACCAGUACUUCCGACAGGUCUACACUCUGGAGGAGGAAUCGGGACCUGCCCCCGUCUGCUGCUUGGAGAUUGAACGAGGGAUAGAAGGGAAGUUUUUUAUUAUAGCCACCACUCGAAAGAGACUCUUCCAGUUUGUUGGCAAAGUGCCUGAAGGGACAGAGCAGCAGGGCUUCAGCUCCAUAUUUGCUAUGCAUGCUGACCAUUUGCCCAGCUUUCGGGAGUUCCCGGCCAACCUUGGUUUCAGUGAGAUAGCCUUUUACACCCCAAAACUGCGCUCCAACCCACGCUCCUUUGCCUGGAUGAUGGGAAAUGGUGUUUUAUAUGGUACCUUGGAUUAUAGCCGUCCUGAUUCAAUUCUGAGUGAUGAACGGGUCUGGGUUUAUCCUUCUGACAUCGACAUAACAGUGAACAAGCCGAUCUCCAUUGUACUUACCCAGUUCCACUUCCUGUUGCUGCUGCCUGAUCGGGUGAAGGCUGUGUGCACUCUGAACGGGCAGGUGGUUUUUCAAGAUCUCUUCCUGGAGAAGUUUGGCUUAUUGACACGCAUGAUCAAAGAUCCUACAGUCCAUCAGAUAUGGAUCCACACUGAGAAAGUAGUGUUCCGCUACCACGUCCAGCGGGAAUCUAGAGACGUGUGGAAGAUGUAUAUGAAUAUGAACAAAUUCGAUUUAGCCAAAGAGUAUUGUAAAGACCGUCCUGAGUGCCUAGACAUCGUGCUGGCAAAAGAGGCAGAGCACUGCUUCCAAAACAAGAGGUAUCUGGACAGUGCCAAAUGUUAUGCGCUGACCCAGAACUACUUUGAGGAAAUUGCUCUUAAGUUCAUUGAAGCCAAGCAAGAAGAGGCCCUGAUGGAGUUUUUGAUUAAGAAGCUAAGUAACCUAAAGCCUUCUGAGAAGACACAGACCACUCUGCUGACCACGUGGUUAACUGAGCUGUACCUGAACUGGCUAGGUAUAUUGGAAGGAGAUCCCUCCCAGCGAAAUCUCUAUUUAGAUACACGGGAGAAGUUUCGCACUUUCCUGAGCAGUCCUAAAAACAAAGACUGUCUGUUUAAUAACCGGGCAUCUAUUUAUGAACUGUUGGCAAGCCAUGGGGACACAGAGCACAUGGUCUACUUUGCAGUCAUCAUGCAGGACUACGAGCGUGUAGUUGCUCACCACUGCCAGCACGAUGAGUACGAUGAAGCUCUAAAUGUGCUGUCCAGGCACAGAGAUGAGAAGCUGUUCUACAAGUUCUCUCCAGUCCUCAUCCAGCAUAUUCCCAAGAAGGUUGUCGAUGCCUGGAUUUCUAUGGGCUCUAGACUGGAUGCCAGGAACCUCAUUCCAGCCCUCGUUAACUAUAGCCAGAGUGCCAGCACCCAGCAGAUCAAUGAAGCCAUUAGAUAUAUGGAGUUCUGUGUCUAUCAGCUGGAGGAAACGCAGCAAGCCAUUCACAACUACCUGUUGUCUCUUUACGCUUUGUGUCGGCCGGACUCGCUGCUAUCGUACCUGGAACAAGCAGGAACCAACCCAAACAGGAUCCACUAUGACUUGAAGUACGCGUUGCGCCUGUGCGCGGAGCACGGGCACCACCGUGCGUGUGUCCAUAUUUACAAAGUGAUGGAAUUAUACGAGGAGGCUGUGGAUCUCGCCUUACAGGUGGAUGUUGAUCUUGCCAAGUCCUGUGCAGAUCUUCCUGAAGAUGAUGAGGAACUCCGGAAGAAGCUCUGGUUGAAGAUUGCUCGCCACGUUGUUCAGGAAGAGAAGGACGUCAAGAAGGCAAUGGCCUGCCUCUCCAGCUGUGCCCUGCUGAAGAUUGAAGACGUCCUGCCGUUCUUUCCAGACUUUGUCACUAUUGACCAUUUCAAGGAGGCAAUCUGUAACUCCCUGGAGGACUACAACAAGCACAUUGAGGAACUGAAAAGGGAGAUGGAAGAAGCCACACAAAGCGCCAAGAGAAUCCGUGAGGAUAUCCAGGAAAUGAGAAAUAAGUAUGGCUCUGUGGAACCUCAGGAAAAAUGCGCUGCUUGUGAUUUUCCUCUUCUAAACCGCCCUUUUUACCUUUUCCUAUGUGGUCACAUGUUUCACUAUGACUGUCUCCUCCAAGCAGUUUUACCAAACCUUCCUGCCUAUAAGCAGGCAAAACUUGAAGAUCUUCAGAAGAAGCUGGCAGCUACCAGUCAGCCUUCCAAGAGCCACCAUCGUCCCAAGGACAUGGAUACCAUUAGCUUAGGGAAGGGGCAGCAGAGCCGGGAACAGAUCAAAGCUGACAUUGAUGAUAUCGUGGCAGCUGAAUGUGUGUACUGUGGUGAGCUGAUGAUCCGAUCCAUUGACAAGCCUUUUAUUGAUCCCCAGAAGUACGAAGAGGAGAUGCAAAGCUGGCUGUAGUUGUCUAAAUCUGCAGCUGUCAAUCCUCUAGAGUGGUUUUGUUCGCAACUUGUGAAGCGUCUGUGAUGGGAAUAUAACCUCCAGAAGCAGGAACACAGUGGGUGCUGUGGAACUCUAAGGAAAUAGAGUAGUGAGGUCGUGUUAUCAGGAUUACAGUGGACUAAUCUUGACAAACAGGGAGAUAUAGCGGUGGCUGUCUUAAGAACUUGAACAAUUGUUAGAGCUAACCUACUGGAAUAUAUUUAGCAGAUGUUUGCUGUUUGCAGUUCUUCUGAAGUUCUCGGUGUGAAGCUAAUGGAGUGCCUUGUUGUCCAGAAGGAAUUGGGAACAGCCUAGGAUUUGUCUUCCCUCUUGUGUGGUAUUUG